AUGCUUCAACGAACGUUAUUCGGUAACGAUCAAGAUAACAAAUCUGAAUCAACAGAUGAAUUUGUAACAAAUGAUGAAUCUGUCUACAACACAAAACACAUUGAACAACUUCUUAAUGAAUCUGCAACAUACAAAGAUAUAAACAAUAAUGAGUGGGCAACUACACCGUAUCCUGCAGACGUAAAGAGUCCAAUAGAAGAAAAAAAACCACGAAUAGAUCCAAAAGAUACCUGUGUUCUAUUGUUUCCUGGACAGGGUACAAUUAAAGUUGGCAUGAUCAAACAAUAUAUACAUAUACCUGAUGCUAGAGAUCUUUUUGAAAUUGCAAAUGAGAUACUUAAUUAUGAUUUAUUAAAGAUUUGCUUAAAUGGGCCUCAAGAGAAACUUGAUAGAACUGAAUUCAAUCAAGCUGCCACAGUAGUUUCAUCAUUGGCUGCCUUAGAAAAACUUCGUGAAAGAAACCCAAAUGCAUUUAACACUUGUAUUGCCACAGCAGGUUACAGUGUAGGUGAAAUAACUGCUUUAAUUCUCUCUGGUGCUAUAACAUUUGAAGAUGGAAUUAGAUUAGUUUGCGUCAGAGGCAAAGCUAUGCAAUUUGCUUCUGACAGAGUACCUCAAGGAAUGUUGUCUGUAACAUGCACGCCAAAAGCACAACUUCAUAAGGCUUGUACAGAUGCAAAACAAUGGGCAAUAGAGAUGGGUGUUCAAGAACCAGUGUGCAGCGUUGCAAUUUUUAUGCAUACAGAGAGGAAAAUAUUAGCAGGAAAUAUAGAAGCAUUACAGUAUAUUGAAAAUAACCAGAAAGAAUUGGGUUUCUCAAAUGUAACUAGAUUACCAGUAUCAGGAGCGUUCCACACACCAUUAAUGCAACCUUCUUUGAAGUCUAUUUCGGAAAUGUUAAAUUCUGUUUCGAUUAAUGAACCAAGGUGUCAAGUAUAUUCAAAUUACAAAGCUCAACCAUAUACGAAUUUAAGAUUCAUGAAAAAAUAUAUAUUAAAACAAAUUAUUUCACCAAUCAAAUGGGAACAAUGUAUGCAAUCUAUAUAUAACAGGCCACCAGAUACCCCAUUUCCAAAAACUUAUGAUGUAGGAUCAACAGGAAGAAUGAGAACCAUUUUAAAGUUGAUUAAUUUGAAAGCAUCACAGUCGUGCAUUGUAAUUUGAUUCAAUAUCAUAUUAUCAAACUGUACAUAUUACUUUUAUAAGUUCUUUAAACUUAAUACAUUUGUACAUAAAUAUGGAAUCUUACAUUCAAAUCAAGUAUAAAGUUUCAUAUUUACUCAUAAUGUAU